ACUUUAUUCCUACGUUGUUUCCGGAGGAGUAUUUCAAAGACGGACGAUUGCAGCCGAAAUUCUGAACUCACGAAAUUCUAUAAUCAUACAUAACAAGCAUGAAAUAUGUUUAUGACUGUGCUUUACGGUUGACGGAGUGCCUGGCAGGGAAAGAGCUCGUUCAAGCCGGCCGCUAGCAAGAAUGGGAUUUGAAGUCGCAAGUCAUUUGUGAUGGAAAGAGACAAAAGACACUGUUGCAAACUAGAAAUGUGAUUUGAACUCAAGGCUGCAUCAGUGAAGUGCUACAGUGUUGCACAGAAAGGCAAGAUGAUGUACUCUUCACGGAGAAAACCUGUGCUGUAUUUCAAAGAUGAUAGAAGUUUUCUGUCGAGGAAAUGCACUGUCUGGAAGCUCUUCGGGCUCUGCAUGCUGUUUGUCUUGGGGUCCCUUCUUUGGGUGCAGCUGACUUGUUCAGGAGACAUGAGCCAGACAGUUGGGUACAGUCACCUCCCUCACCAGCCCUGUCCCGUCGAGAGACAGUCCUCAUCUGCUGAUGACCCAUCCUGGGGCCCUCACAAAAUGGCCCUCAUCGUGCCAUUCAGAGAGCGCUUCGAAGAACUGCUUAUAUUUGUCCCUUACAUUCACACUUUCCUCAACAAAAAGAAAAUACGGCAUAAGAUAUUAAUUAUAAACCAACUGGAUCACUUUCGGUUCAAUCGGGCCUCUCUUAUUAAUGUUGGGUAUAUGGAAAGCGGUAAUGACACAGACUACAUUGCAAUGCAUGAUGUGGACUUGUUGCCUCAAAAUGAGGAUCUGGACUAUGGAUUCCCAAAGGAGGGACCCUUCCAUGUGGCCUCUCCAGAGCUUCAUCCCUUAUAUCAUUAUAAGACGUAUGUUGGAGGAAUCCUGCUGCUUUCCAAGAAACAUUAUCAGCUGUGCAAUGGGAUGUCAAACCGCUUCUGGGGAUGGGGAAGAGAAGAUGACGAGUUUUUCAGGAGACUAAAAGCAGCUGAUCUUAAGCUUUUUAGGCCAACGGGUAUUACUACAGGAACUAAAACAUUUCGACACAUCCAUGAUCCAGCCUGGAGGAAGAGAGAUCAGAAGCGGAUCGCUGCACAAAAGCAGGAGCAGUUUAAGGUGGACCCAGAGGGUGGCCUGACUAACGUCCGCUACAAGGUAGAGUCCAGACAGGAAGUGACCGUCAGCGGAGCUCCGUGUACUGUCAUCAACACCUUUCUAGAGUGUGACGUCAGCCUGACCCCAUGGUGCCAGUCCAGCAAAUAUGCUUAAGCAGGACCCGUAAAGCCAGAAAGAAAUGCAUUCUCCUUCUGUGGCGGCAGGAAGGCUUUCACAGAUUACUGGUGCCAGUCACACUUGAAAAAUCACCCUAAAGGACUUGAAUAUGUGACUGUGGGAAAAGAACUUUCUCCAAGUUUUAUUUUUGUAGGACAGUGUUGUUGGCUUCAUCCAUGAUGAAGCGCUGCCUCAUUUUUGAACUGAACUAUGGACCAAUGUCAGGUACUGCACUGAGUUUGCAUCAUCAACAUUUCAAGUACGAGCAUCCAAGUGUCCGAUUUUUAAUGAUGAGUUUUAUAAUCUUUUAGUUGUAGCGGUGGCCUGUUUUGGACUGUUGUGAGUAUUUCCUCAGCCAUGUCUCGACAGAAUUCUGUUUCUUUUUGCUUGAAUUCAAGAUCAUGUCUUGAAAAAGACAAUAUUAUGUAUAUGAAAGUUAUUUAGGGGGAACUUCGAUUGUAUUUGCACAUUAUUAAGUAUUUAUAUAAAAACGAAGGUUUCCUAAUUUCAGUCUUUGUACUUUUGUCCCUUGUUUCAGAUGCGUGGAAUGCUGUUACAAAUUCCACUUGCAGGAUUAUAUAUAGAUCUUAUGAACUGGAGGCAUGAAGCUAUAUCCAAAAAACAUCUUUCAGCGCAAAUGUUAAUACAAUUCGGACUCAACAUAAUUUUUAUUGGCAAUGCCUGAAAUGAAACUGUGAAUCAGUACUCUCUGCUGCACUACUGCACAGAACAUGUUUGACAUAAAAUAAAGAGAAUUUGACUCUAUACCAUUGCAAUUACUCUGUCUUUAUUAAAAUACAGGGUACUACUUCACAUUCACCAGCAGAGCAAUGUCAAUAACACCGUCGUGCAUGCAAUCUUCUCAGAUGAUUGUUCCCAUUCUUUUGGGGAUUAUUUCACACAUGAAG